CCACAGUCAUGAAUAUUUAUCAUACGUAAUUUCUUUGGCAUAAAUUGCGAUAUAAUGUACCAACGAUGUACCUACAUAUUAUUAUUAUUUAAGUGAAUUAAAUACGUUCAAGCAAAUCACAAAUUCAUACUUACAAUUGUCUACCGCUUUAGGGCCAAGAACUAACGGGUUUUCAUUAGAACGUUGUCGCGCGUCGACGAAUAUAAAUAAUUUGUGCCACCAUCGAAAUGCGCUCAUUUUUCGACAAGUCUUUGUUCUUUGAACAUCGCAGUGCCACGCCAAACAGUUCAAUCACUUCAUUUAUAAACAUUUGUUUUCACCAUUAUACCCAAUCGGCUGAGCAGAAAAAAAAAACCGAAAAGCAAAUCAGUUGUGUUCUAUUAGAAUAACUUGAAAUUAAUUUAAUUGAUAAAAAAAAAGUUGGAUUAUUUGAAAAGAAAAUGCUUCCGCUUUGGAUUACUUUGAUCGUGUCAAUUGUUGUGAAUGAUUGCAUCAAUGCAGCCGUUGUUGUCCGGAGACGACCAAUUACGAUUCAGGAACGUGUCCCGUUUACAACCACAAAAGCCACAACCACAACCACAACCACCGCCGAACCAUUCGAAUCGGAGGAAGUCAGCACGGUGGUUAAUCGUUUGUCACGCUUAACACUUCCAAGCAAUGCAACGUCUAUUCGCAGUGAUAUAACUGAUAAUUUUUCGUGCCGCGGUCGUUCUUAUGGAUAUUAUGCGGAUGUAGAGAAUGAUUGUCAGAUUUUCCAUGUUUGCUUGCCAGUCACCUAUCCCGAUGGCCAAGAGAGACAAUUUCGAUGGAGCUUCAUUUGUCCAGAGGAGACCACUUUCAAUCAAGAAGCAUUCACAUGCGUACGAACUGAUGAAAUGAAUUUCGAUUGCACCGAUUCGGAGAGAUUCUAUGAAUUGAAUCGCAUUUUGGGUUUAAAAGAAGAAACCACUACCGAUGAAGUGACAACCAAUGAGUUGACACCCAUUGAAAAUAACAAAUCAAGCUCCGGUGAUCGGCUCAAUACAUUCCAAAAUAAAGAGCAAAAUCAACGAUUCACCGUUCCAUUGAUUAACAAUCCAAAUCGAUACGCUGCUCAAACCGCGAUUCGUAAUCAGAUUGCUCGGCGAACAACUGCCAGCCCAUACAGCAGUGCCGCCAAUAUGGAAAGAAUCGCACAAACGACCAAUUUCCGGGAGUUCAGCAUUGAUAGAAGUGAACCGAGUACAACAGUCAAUGAAUUUAUCCCAUCAACAACAUUUUCACCGGUGAAUAUAGCACAAUUUUUCGAUUUGACCACGAGAAAAGCGUUCAAUUUGCCAACGACAACAACAACGACAACCACAAUUAAUGAUAACUCUGAAUACACAACCGAUUACACCGUAACCGGAUCCGUAAACGAAUACACCACCAAUAAAUAUGAUAGCAAUACACGUAUCAUACCCGAUCUAAUCGAGGACGGUAGCAAAAAUGCCGAUCUAGUUGGAGCCGAUGAAGUUGUUGACAGUAUAAAGCAAUUGCAAAAGCUUUUUCCAUCAACGGGCGAUGAUUCGCGUGAAAAACGGCUCUUAGUCAAAACCGACAGCAUCAAAAAUCGACAAAAAUUAUUUGAAAUAUUGAAUAAACAUUAAGAUGCAUGAUCGAACGAUCGAUUUGAUUUGGAUGGAGGGCCGGUAAUUCAUAAAAUAUAUUCAAAAAAUUCUAAUUUGUAACGAUGUCCAAAUCAAGAUUGAAAAUUUCAUAAUACAUUUUGAUCACAAUGUAUUUAGGUUAUACGCAUCCCACCAGCACUUUUAUUAUGAACUAAGUCUCAUUUUCAAAACUUUCAAAAUUAAACUAAAAUUGAAUAAAACACAUAAAAUGGUAAUAGUUUCAUUUGAAUCGAGAGGAAAUAGUAGGGGUGAUCGUCGUCGUCGACGUCUGCUGAUUGCAUAAAAUGCAACACAAAAAUGUAUGGCAAUAAAAGGUACGGAAUAUGUAUAAAUUAUCAUUACGUUCUUAUGCACAUGACCAACUCAUUUCGAUUGCAUCACCUUAAUUUCCAGCACACUGAAUAAUAAACACGUAGGUAAUUUCAAAUUUUUGUUUCUAUUUUUAUUUCGUUAAAAUUAUUGUUGCGAGAAAGUAAGAACCAAAUAACUAAAAUUGAGUAUAAAAUUGUUUACCUAUUACAGCUAAAUUUAGUCCAACCUAAUUUAUUACAAAUUUUCUUUUAACCUAA